CUACUAUAUAGUACAGUGUAUAUAUUAUACAAGCCUUCCAAGUACUUUCCAGUUUGUCCGCUUAUAAUGGAGAAAGAGUGCAGAUUUUGCGGUUUACGCACAGAUGCUGCUGUUUGCUUGGAUAAUCUUGAAAAACUUUGCGUCUUCCUCAAUGGGGAUUUAUCGGCGUUAGAUGGCGGUUAUCGUACGUAAAUCGUCAGAGAAAACAGUGUCUUCCAUGACGUACAAGUACAACAUUUGUGAUAGGAGUAUACAUUUUCGUCAACGGGAAGCCUUUGUGUAUUUUCGCCACAGGGAUAAAUACUCCCCUGUUUUUAUAUUCAUAUGAAUAUUCCAUAUUCUUUUGGCAAGAUGAUAUCUCGUCAUUUACCCUGAUGGGUUAUGCACUCCACUGUUGGUGGCUUUUGAUAUUUUUCCAAACAAUCAUUUCUUCCGAAAAUCUACGGCGGACGUAGUUUACAACUACCUAUAUAAUUAUAGGAUUUUGUCAUCAAAUUUUUACAGUGAAUAUAUUUUUCCGAAGAAACAUGCCGGAACAACUGGGACGCACAAGUUCAUACGAGAGCACGAAAUCCUCAUCGAUCCGCACCAGCUCCUACAUCCAGGGCGUGCCGGUGGCCAAGGAGAAGAUCAGUCCCUCCCCGUCGACCGGUGGCAAACCGCCGACCUACACCCUGCAGAAGGCCGCCCGCAUGGCCGCGCGCGUUAACACCACGUGGGCGCGCAUCGCCAGCGUUAUCGCCUACCUGCUGGCCAUCUCCGCCAUCGGCUUCGUCCUGGUGCUCUACUACGUCCUCUUCUAUAAUCCCUACGUGGACAUCCAGCUGGAGGCGCCGCCUGAUGAAUUCCUCGUCCGGCGGGAUCGCAGUGUGUCGAUCAUGGAGUCGGCGCUGGAUGACAGAUGAUCGUGCGGAUGUACCGUAAUUUUGCCACUGACACAUAUGUACUCGCAUAGAACUGAUAUUAUGUGUAGUAUACUUGAGUAUGCAUACAUACGUUUGAUAUGUGCUUGAUUUUUGUAAGUAGUCUUGUCUUAUUUGUCAAUGCACCGGCUUCCUCUCUCUCUCUGGAAUGUGAUGUUAAAUAGAAAUACUUGCGAAUCUGAAACUUAUCAGUCUAAAAUUUAUUGUACAUAAAACUAAUUUAUAGUGUUAAUUGUUGCUAACAAGGUUUGAGUUCGUUACUAGCAGUUUGCUGUUUGUUUGCGGACCCGCGUCGGGCUGUAAAUCUAAACGGCUAAAAAGACU